UGUGUUUGUAUUGCGUGUGUGUGUGUCUCUGUGCGGGUGUGCGCACCGGCUGAUUGGUGAGCGACACUCUGUGACGACUGCCUGGCCGCGGCGCGCACCACUGCGCCGCCGACGCUCGCACCGCUUACACGUCCCCCUCACGCCGCCCGCUCCUGCCGGGACCUGGCCGCCCGCACCCGCCCACGCCGCCCGCCGCGCCCACCGCUAUUGUUCUCGCCGCGGCAGCCGGAGACACUCGCGGGGGGGAUUUUGAGAGAUAAUUCAGUGUUGGGAGCGGCCGUUUGUGCGAGUGCUCGUAGGAGGGUGCUAUGGAGGACACCUCUAUACCGGACGAUUGUAGGAGUGUCCGUUCAGGGGGGUCAACCAGUGGACGCUCACCCCCGCCUCUGUCACCCGUCAUCACCAGCAUGGUCAACUGUCUGUCUCCCAGCAGCCCACCACCUCCCCUCAUGGCAGCGCCGCCCCUCUCCGUCCCCGGACCUUCUCCUCCAGGAGUACACUCGCCGCCCAUCUUCCCUUCCCCGCCACCCACUUCCCGCCCGCCGCCCUUCCUUCCCGCCCUAUACUUCUCCCACGCCUACAACUCCCCCCCGCCCAUCCACACGUCAGACCCAACAGCCAACGACUGCAAGUUGGUGGAGUACAGAGGGCAGAAGGUGGCGGCCUUCAUUAUAAACAACGAGUCAAUGUUGUGCUUGCCUCAAGCCUUCGAACUUUUCCUGAAGAACCUGGUGGGCGGCCUGCACACCGUAUACACCAAGCUCAAGCGCCUGGGGAUAGAGCCUCUGGUGUGUAAUGUGGAGCAGGUGCGAGUACUACGAGGCUUAGGAGCCAUCCAGCCGGGUGUCAACAGGUGUAAGCUUCUAGCCGUCAAGCACUUUGACAUCCUCUACAAGGACUGCACCACCGCCAGGUGUGGACACCACACUACUGCUGCAUAUUCCAAUUUUGGCUUAACACCCGGACGUCCUCCAAAGCGCCCCCACGAGAUUUUGGGCAUGGGCGGCCUUCCAGGUCCCCUGGGUCCUGGAGGACUUCCGCCUCCACACCUCUCACCAGAGGCACUAAUGGCACUGAAGAAGACUCGCAUGGAUGCCAGGGACUUCCCACCCUUCAUGAAUGGCGGAGUUCCUGCACCAUAUGAUCUGUUCUCUACAGAUAACGAGAUGGAGAAGUCGCCGCUUCUCUCAAAUGGAUACAACCCUCCACCCAAGGGGCUCAUGGCUCAGUACAUGGCCCUCAACGGUGGCAUGCCCCACCCUGCCCUGCUGGCACACACGGGGCUGCCCCUGCCGCCCCACCCUGCCCCCUGGGCCGCCCACGCUGCAGACCACCCCUUCAAGAAUGGACCCCCUCCUGAUAGCCUCGCUCGAUCGAUGGUGUGGGAAAACUGCCGUGCGUCGUACGAUGAAGUUCUGAAACAUCUGGAGAGGAUACGUGAAGACCGUAGCCGCGCAGACCGCGUGCUGGGCCUGGAGCGAGAGGAACACACAGACAGACCAGUCUCUCCGCACAAGACCAAUGGUUACGGUGAGAGCGACGCACUCAACCUGAGCAGUAAGAGCGACUCUCGGGACGACCUCAGUGACGCCCCGACGCCCCGGGACGACCGCGACGACAAGGACGACUGCCUCUCCGACGCAGAUGACCUCGACGACAAGAACGAUCUGAGCGACCGGGAUGACUUCGACUACCAGGACCGCCCCUCGCUACACUACAACAACAACAACCUCACCUCCACCGCCAACAACAACAACAGCAGCACCACCUCCGGCGGCGGUGUGGGCGGCGUGGGCGGUCUGAGCGGCGGGAUGAGCACCUUGCUCUCCGGAGCCACCAGUAGCAGCAGCAGUAGCAGCAGCAGUGUCGCCACACCCACCACCUCUCAAAGCUCCGCUCUCAUUCCCGUAGCGGAUGACCGUCUACCUCCAGGUUUGAGUGGGUUGGCAGGCCUGAGCAUGGGCGGACCGGAGGUUCCCACGCCCACACCGCACCACCCGCCCCUCUCCUCCCUGGAAAACCUCCUGGGAAAUAUUCAGAAUCUCCUGAAGGUGGCAGCAGAGAGUGUGAGGCACGAGGAGAAGCAGUGGAUCAGAGAGAAGGAGCACCUCCAGCUGGAGUUCCAGCGACAGAAGGAAAUGAGGGAGAGACUGGAGAAGCAGCUGGUCGAGGACGAGAAGGUCAAGAUGCUCUACCUACGCAAGCUGAAGAAGGAGAAGCGAGCUCGCAGGCGUCUGGAGGAGGAACUGACGGAGAAGUUGAAGAGGCUCUCCCAGUAUGAACCCAACGCUAAGGAACUGCUCAGGGCAGCUGCGGAGUCGUUGGCCAAGGAAGGGGUGAACAACGCUGCGGUUGCGGCUGCGGCAGCGGCGGCAGUGGCUGCGGCCUCGGGGGGAGCCUCAGGACCAAGCGACAACCCGCACCACAGCCCAAAAUCCCACCAGUCCCAGCAGCAGCAGCAACAACAGCAACAGCAACAACAACAACAGGACCUCCAGGAUGUACGCACAUCCCAGAGCGGCUGGUUGUGGGGGCUGCAGCGACGCUGGCCCAGACCAACCAUGAACGACCCUCUCCUGCGACUCCGCCUGGCUGUCGACCUCACCCAGAUGGACGCAUAGCACUCUCUUACUUCCGACAAGGACCCGGAGCUGCGAGGAGUUAAGAGUGUGCUAGGUGCUAUGGACAGUCUUCAGGUUGAGUUCCACACGAAUCUGAAUCUUAUGAGGAUGGUUGAAUAACACCUUCCUGUUGCACGAGAAGGCAGACGACGUAAGGGUUACAAAAACUUCUAGGAGUACUAGUAGUUUAGGGCGAUAUUCUGUUAGUAUAUUGCUUAUUUUCCAACCCUCUUGAAGAGUAAAGGUUAACUACGUGUUGGCCCGAAUGCAAGUCGUGAGAGUUUGGCUCACGACUUCCGACGGUCUAGCUGAACCUGCCAGGAUUUGAAAUCUUUGCUGCCAAUUACGUAUUUUUGUCGUGUCGGAGUUCUGAUACUUCCUUCACGUGAGGACAAGAUUAAAUAUUAACACAAUAUCCAAGAAACUGGUACAAUGGACGCCUAAAGUUGUAGAAAACAAUACUAUAUUUUAAGAGAAGACAACUUUUUUCCGAGCAGUUGACUAGCAAAACAGUGUUUCAGGGUGAGAGCUGAAGUGAAGCACUGAGCAGUGACUAGUCCUCAUCUGACACCUGUCUUAAGUCCAAAUAAGGGAUUUUAGCAAGUAUAUUUUGAGUUAAUAUCUAAAUUUUCAUCUUUGUACUUAAAAAAAAAGAUUUAAGUUUUGUAAAUUUCACAGGACAAAAAAAAAAAAUGGUACUUUCUCCAUAAUUAAGGGUAGACUAAUUGAUUGACUACAUAAUUGAUUGAUCUUUAUUAUAGGGCUUAAUGGACAAGAUCUCGUCACAGAAGUGAAGUAUUAAUUUCUUCGUAAAAUGGCGAACGUUAUAAGAAUUCCUGGACAAGUUUCCAACACAAAACGGGAGCAUUAAUAUGAUUUUGAUAAGUUAGGUGAAUCUAACGAAGGCAUUUCAGUCAUUCUAAGGCAUAUUUGAUCCCAUUUCACGUUUAUGAUUAAGGAUUAAGAAUCGUGUGCAUGAGAAGGGCUGGUACACGGACCACCAUGUGUGUGUAUAGGAGUGAGUGAGUGUGUUGGUUGCCUGUUUAUGUACUGUACCACCGAGCCUAUGUGAGUAUUAUUCAAACCUUCCCCCCCCCACCUCAAAAAAACCUAAAUACCCCACCCUCAAAAAACCUCGACCUCCUUUCUUCAUUAUUUAACAUGUAUUCAUGUGGUUUUUACUUUUUUUUAAGGGUAAUACUGCAAUUGCUUUUGAAAGUAAAUUAUUGAUAUAAAAAAGCUCUAUGGGAAAUAAUACAAAAAAUUUUUCUUAGAUAGUUGGUUUGCGUAGUCAGAGAAAUUUACAGAAAUGAGCAGUACAGUUGUUGCUUCUGUUGUAUUUUGUAUUAUCUCAAAUAUAUCACAAUUGUACUCUGAAUCUGUUUA